AUGAGCGUCAGGAACCUCAGGGCCAUGUUCGAGAACAAGACGCAGGAAAGUCCGCCCGAGCGAGGGCGAUCACCUGCUGGCACCGAAUCCCCUCGUCCCCUUUCCAAGGUCCGCACAAGCUUCGUGGCAAUCGAGAAGGACGGUCGCAUAGGCCUCCAGCAACGGAACCCAAGCGAAGCCUCCAGUAUAUCUGGGAGAAAGCUCAGUGGUGAUACCGAAGCAACGUCUUCUGUCCAGCUAGAAAACACCAGCACAGAUGUCUCUUCUGCGACCAGCCGACCAGAGCUCAACCGGGGCCCACCCCGCGCCUCCUUCCACACCUCACCUCCCCCACCAGAUCCCGCAUCCAAGUCAGGAGACAGACCAUCACCGCCUGCCGAGCCCCCAACCUCCGGGACCCUCAUCUCCGGGGCUCACCGGGAAGUCGCCAGCCUUGCCGGCAGCAGCGCCCCUAAAGGUCUCGCCGAGUCUCCGCAAAUUAAAGAAAACCAAACUCCCGGUGGCAGGAAAUCCGAUCAAGGCAGUCAAGCUCGGAAAGCGGGCCAGAGUCAAGCUUCUGGUGACAAAGGUCAAGGUCAAGCUGCUGCACCCGAAAGUGUCCACAAAAACAGUAACGGCAUCAGUGCCGGUGGAAGCACCGGUGGAAGCGCCGUCGGGAUCGCCGUUGGGCGCACCGUCGCAGCCACGACUGUAAACGGAGCCGACAAGACGAAGGGAGCGAAGCCGGCGGCAGCAGCAGCACCCGCACCAGCAGCACCAGCACCAGCACCUAUCAGCAAGAUAACAAAUACCAACGCUGUGAAGUCACCCGACCCGGCACCGCAACCAAAAGCUGCCAGUAAACCAACCAACGCGACGUCUCAUCCUCCAACGACACCAAAGGCUGGGAAACCAGCUGCCGAAAAGAAAGCCGCACCAGCCAGUGUCUCUCCUGGCGGCUUCGUCAAACCCAGGCCAAAGUCGCCUACACGCCCUGUCAAGCUGCCUGCCAGCCUCACUACCCACACUGCUGCCUCCGGAUCCAGGACCAGAACUUCUGGCAGCGCUCCUCCUUCCUCUCACGAGAACCUAGCCCGCUCCACAAGCCGAUCAAAAGCGUCAGCCAAAGCACUUCAGAGGUCAUCCUCGGCGGCAAGCAGACAACGGCCCAGCAUCGGACCUCCACCCAAGCAACCUGCCAAGGACCAUCCAGUUGUGAAGAAAGACGCUAGGGUCGAUGAAGGGUUCCUUGCAAGGAUGAUGCGACCUACCCAGUCGAGCGCCUCCAAGGUGAACGAAAAAGUGCCAGUGACGCCUCCGAGAAGACCAGCAGCAGCCCCCAAGAAAUCUGCAAGUGCAAAGUCUGUCACGACUAGGAGGCCGGUAUCCAAGACAACCUCUGCAACAACCUCUGCAGCUCCAAGUCCUGAGAGAACGAAGAAAGAAUCUUCUGCAGACAGAGAUAUUGCAACAGUGAUUGAGAAAAUGUCUAUUGCGGAGAACGUUCAGGAGACCCCCAAGACUCCUGAACGCGAAGCCACAAUAAUGGAGGAAAUGGAGGAGGAGAAAUCUGGAGUAAUCCCCAUGGCCUCGGCCGCACCUGAAGCCUCCAAUGAACCGGAGGUCGAGGAAGCGGAGGCACCUUUGGUCAAUGGUACUCACAAGGAAGACACAACAGCUCAGCCGGAACAGGAAGAGUGGUGA